GGAAGAUGGCGGCGCCCGGAGCGUGAGGCGAGGGGAGGCUGACAGUUGUUCCUGUGCCCCAAAUAGAAGUGCAUAUAAAUAAAAGCUUUCAUCGCAGCAACAAAGCAAGACAGUAUGAAAGUUUUCUGUGGAAGAGCCAAUCCAACGACGGGAGCUGUGGAGUGGCUGGAAGAAGAUGAAAACUAUGAUUAUCACCAGGAAAUUGCAAGGUCAUGUUACGCAGACAUGCUGAAUGACAAAGACAGAAACGUAAAGUACUUCCAAGGCAUUUGUGCUGCAGUGGGCCGAGUGAAAGCAAGAGGGGAGAGAGCGAUCGUCCUGGACAUCGGAACAGGCACUGGGCUCUUGUCCAUGAUGGCGGCAACAGCAGGGGCCGAUUUCUGCUAUGCUGUGGAGGUUUUCAAGCCCAUGGCUGACGCGGCUGUGAAGAUCGUGGAGAAAAACGGCCUGAGUGACAAGAUAAAGAUAAUUAACAAGCAUUCCACUGAAGUAACAGUUGGGCCUGAUGGGGAUAUGCUGUGCCGUGCAAACAUCCUGAUAACAGAACUCUUUGAUACUGAACUGAUCGGCGAAGGGGCUUUGCCCUCUUACGAGCAUGCUCAUAGAUACCUUGUACAGGAGGGAUGUGAGGCAGUUCCUCACAGGGCAACGGUGUAUGCUCAGCUGGUGGAGUCUGCGAGAAUGUGGUCCUGGAACAAGCUGUUUCCCAUUCGUGUCCAAAUGGAGGAUGGUGAAAAGGCCAUUGUCCCCCUACCCGAAAUGGAAGGCUGCCCGGGAGCUCCUUCUGUCUAUGACAUCCAGCUGAAUCAGGUGCCCUUCAAGGACUUCACCGCUCUCAGUGAUGUUGUCACCAUGUUCAGUGUAGACUUCAGCAAGCCAGUAAGCAGAGCCCCCACCUACUUCUCCGUGAAGCUGGAGCCUAUCCAGUCUGGCCGAGCCCAAGUGGUCCUCUCCUGGUGGGACAUAGACAUGGACCCUGAAGGGUCAAUCAAGUGUACGAUGGCCCCAUACUGGGUACAACCUGCAUCUGAGGAACUCCCGUGGAGAGAUCAUUGGAUGCAGUGCGUCUAUUUCCUUCCAAAUGAGGAGACCGUUUUCCGAGGUCAGAAAGUGACCCUGACUGCCUUCCAUGACGAUUACUCGGUGUGGUAUAAGCUUCAAAAAGUCCGAAGUGAAGAGGCCAAAGCCGAGGUCCACAUCGAGAGUCCUGUGUGUCAGUGCCAGGCCCACCUGCUGUGGAAUAGGCCACGGUUUGGAGAGCUAAAUGAUCAGGCCCGAACGGCCCAGUACAUUCAAGCCCUGAAGGAAGUUCUGAAGCCAAACAGCAUUUGCCUGAGCGUCAGUGAUGGCAGCCUCCUUCCCAUCCUGGCUUGCUACCUUGGAGCAGAACAGGUAUUUACCCUGGAGAGUUCUGCAGUCUCUCAUUCACUCAUGAAGAAAAUUUUUAAGGCCAACCACCUACAGGAUCAAAUUAAAAUUAUAGAGAAACAUCCAGAAUUGAUUAUUUCUUCUGAUCUGGAAGACAAAAAGGUAUCUUUGUUAAUUGGAGAGCCCUUUUUCUCCACGAGCUUGCUCCCAUGGCACAAUUUAUAUUUCUGGUAUGCCCGGUCUGCAAUGGCAAGCCACCUUACAAGUAAUGCGACCAUCUUCCCCCAGUCUGCUUCACUUCAUAUGAUGAUUGUGGAGUUUAAGGACUUGUGGAGAAUACGAAGCCCGUGUGGUACCUGUGAAGGGUUUGAUGUUCACAUUAUGGAUGAGAUGAUCAAGAAUUCCUUAGACUUUAGGGAAUCGAGAGAAGCAGAGCCUCAUCCACUGUGGGAAUACCCUUGCAAAUCGCUGUCCGAUCCUCUGAAGGUCUUGACGUUCGACUUCAGAGAAAUGGUGCCGGAGCACUCCAUCGGGAAGGAAGGCACUGUAAAUCUGUUGAGGACUGGGAAGAGUCACGGAGCUGUUCUUUGGAUGGAAUAUAAUCUGACUUCCAGCCUUUCGGUUAGCACAGGACUUGUGAAGGUUUCAAAUGAAAAGGGCUGUUGUCAAUGGACUCCCCACUGCAAACAGGCUGUGUAUUUCUUCAGCACUGUUUCUGAACCAGAGACUCCUGCCGAUUGCCCCUCUGCAGUUGCAUACACUAUAUGCUUCAAUCCCAAGACAGGAGAUGUUAUCAUGGAUUUUAAACUCUUAAGUUAAUGUGUGGCAUCUUUCCAGUGAAAAAUUUCCCUUUCCCCCCUAGAUCCUAAUAAAUGUAUUGAGAGGUGGCUAUGUGGAGCUGCUCUUCUGUAGGCUGCUGCUGUCUCUAUAAAGGCAACAAAGAAACCUGCGGGCGCCUCUGAGCAGAGCAGCCGUAGUGUAGCUAUCCUAAAGGCGAUGGGCGUGAAUCAAUUUGUCCCUGCUUCGUCAUGAGAGAAUUGAUUACCUUGCUCUGAAAACAUCAGUAAAACACCUUACGAAUGUAGCACGUAUGCCCAGGUUCCCAGAAAAAGAGAGAUUAUAUUGGUUGGGUCCUUGGAUCUGUUCUCCUCCGGUGGAACAUGCCUUUCUCUGUUGCAGGAAGCUUAAAUGGAAAAGAGAGGUGCGGGGGCAAGGGGUGCUUCUUGAAUCACGUAAGAUUCCUUCCACUGGAGACAAAAGUUUCUGCUAGCAGAAUUGAUUUGCCAGAUCCAACCCCUGUGUCUGGUGUUUUUGCUAGGCUAGCAGAGCUGGAGUCAUGUUAGUUGCUGGCUUGGACAUUUGUAGCAAUUGCUUGAUACCCUGCAUGUUCUCCACCUGAUCAGCUGAGAAAGGGGAAACCCCUGGUCCCUUUGAGGGUGUGGAUGUUUAUGGGCAGGGGCACUGGUGCUUCCUUUCAAAGUAGGAAAAUGAGCUAUUGAAAAAAUAUAGAUGUCACCUUGGGAAGGUGUGACAAGUUCUCGGAAGCCUUGAACAGCGGGGUCAGGGCACUGCAGCAACUCAUCGUUGCCUCUUGGAUUCAGGUUAUUCAGCCAAAGUGGGGUGUUUAUUCCUACUAAUUAGAAACAGUGUGCUGUGGGCCUGUUCUGCAGUGGCACUUGUGAUGCAGAGGAUAAAAGUCCCAUGCUUGGGAUUUGGCCACAUUGAAAACAAACAUUAGCAUUGACAAAUCAAGAUUAAAGAAUCUUUGUUACGGGUGUGUGUGUGGGUGGGUGGGUGGUUCUUAACUGGCAAACCAGAGUUUGCUAUCAUAUAACAAACAGGAAUAAAAAAUUAUGGCUUGCAAACCAGGGUUGCAAACCAUGACUUCUGCGAAUGGUGGUUGGUUUGUGUUGCCUAAACUAGAGAUUUUUAAUGGUAGCCGACAGUUGUUCCCUUUGGGGAGAUCAUUACACCUAGAAGAGUGCUGUUUUGGCUGCUCUGAACUGUGGGUUUGCCUGAAUGUUUGGAAGCUCAGAUGAUGAUUUCGAUUUGAAACGGGCAAGCCCUACAUUGUGGGUUUUUGUAUGAUGUUUGAAUUGAGCUUCUUUGGAGUGCUGGCAAAAGAAGAGACUUGAGCCCUUUUAAUGGCUGUCAAAUUAUUGUCACAGAAGCUUGCGUAGGCUCGUAGGUCUUUCAGGUGCGCAGGCCUCUCUUCUUCUGUUUUUGCGGCAACAGACAAGCAUGGUUUCCUGGUGGAAUUUGGAGUAUGAAGUACAGGAUUAAUGUUUGGUGUGUUUGUUUUGUCUACAUGCUUACAUUUGAAUAUUGCUUCGUGGCAAAAGUUCUCAGAGCAGCUUGCUUUAAAAUAAUUUUUAAAAGUUGAAACAGAGAUACAGGGCAACAGUUAAUCAAGGUGUGUAAAGUUCAGGCAAGAAAAUGAAGGAGCAGCUCAAUACAAAUCGUAGAUCAGUAAAAAGGCCUCUUUGGCAGGAUCAGGUUUAAGAUUCUGACAAGCCGUAUGGCCUCCCAAAGAGGGCGGUUUUGCCACCUUCUAAAGGCAGAGGGCGCAGCAGGCAAAGAAAACAUAGUGCAGGGAUUUCGCAGUAAAGAGAUGCAGUUCCAUGUCUAGAUGAAUGUUGGGGGACGGGGACCCCAAAUAACUUUGCAAAAAGAUGAAGAUCGAUAAGCAGAGGGUGGGCCUAGAGGUGGUGCACCAGGUGUGAUGCCCGGAAACUCCAGGUAUCACACCUGGUACACCACCUCUAGACCCACCCUCUGGCCAACUACCUGCAAGGAAAACACGAAGACCCGAUAAUCUUUGUAGAUUCAAAAUUAGCUAGAAAUUGUACAUUUUUUGUUGUCUAAGUUCUGUGUUUCCCUUCUCCAGUUCCCUUCGUUUAUUCGUCUGUCUAUACGUGCUCAGAAUAAAUUCUUUUAGAAUGGCGGUUUUAGCCCCGACUUUUUACACUAUUCUUCUCUGGGCUCAAGCCUCUCAGCUUUUGCGUUAAAAGGGACCUGAGGAAGGAGGCAGAUGUCUCACUGGAGACAAAGAAGGGAGCAAAGUGCUCUCUCCUGGGACAGAUAAUAAUAAUAACAACAUUCGAUUUAUGUGCCCCCCUUCAGGACAACUUGAUGCCCACUCAGAGCGGUUUACAAAGUAUGUCAUUAUUAUCCCCACAACAAAACACCCUGGGAGGUGGGUGGGGCUGAGAGAGCUAGAAGCUGUGACUGACCCAAGGUCACCCAGCUGGCUUCAAGGGGAGGAGUGGGGAAUCAAACCUGGCUCUCCGAAUUAGAGUCCUGCCGCUCUUAACCACUACACCAAACUGGCUCUCCAGUUUGAUGGGCUCUGCCAGAAGGGUGGGCUCUCUCCGGUUGCUGAGACUCAGGAUUGUUCUGAGGCAGUUACUUAGGCCAUAAAAAAGUAAUUCCCCCCUCCCCUCCCGUAUGGUGACAGCUGUACCUAACAGCAGGUGAUCCAAAGGGCUGGGCAUUGUGCAUAAAGCCUUUUUAAAUGGGUGCAUCCUGCAAUGAGUCCCACUUGCCUUCCUGUCUCCUACCUAAAAUUUAAUGUAACAGACCUUAGCCCAUGUUAGCUUCAUCUCCUGUUGUUCUUGCUAAAGAGCCUUACAUCAGAGGUAUCGGGCAUCUGACGAAGAGAACUUGAUUCUCGAAAGCUCAUGCUACAAUAAAAUUGGUUAGUCUUAAAGGUGCUACUGGACUCUUUUUGAUUUUGCUACCACAGACUA